UCAAUAUAGUGUUUGAACAUGAAUUUAAAAGAUGAAUGAUAAAUUCACUCCUGCACGAUUAAAAUGGCGGUAUCUCAAGGCUCGGCAGUCUUUUUCGGUGGCUGGGGAGUGCUUGAAACUGUUCUUUUCGGAGGAAUAAUGUAUGGCUGGCCUUCCCUAGUAUUCGUCCUAAAAGGAGAACGUUAUUUUAGUCAUUUGUGUAAAUGCGAGACAAACUGUACGGAAACAAACGCCUCGACAAACGCUGGUCCAACAUCGUGUGCGGCGCAGGAUGAACAGUUUAACUUGAUAUUUGCGAUAACCGGAGCAGUCGUUUGUAUAUUUCUCGUCUUGAGUGGAACGAUAUUUGACAGGCUUGGUACAUUCAUUGCCAGAUUGCUUGGAAGUGUUGUAUUUCUGGCUGGGUCUUUAAUGAUAGCAUUCUCCACGCCAGGUACAUUCAGAUGCAUAUUCCACAAACAAAAAUGACAUUCAAUCUCUUACGUCCUAUAUCCUGCGGUGUUAUGUGUGAUGUACGGAGGUUUCUGUAUUCUCGUUACUAAUGUACAACUUGGAAAUCUUCUCACGAAAGGGCGCAAUAUCAUGAUAUGUAUCAUGAAUGGAUCAUUUGAUUCGAGUUCGUUCAUCACACUUGUUGUUAAAUUACUAUAUAAAGGCGGGGUAACUCUUCGAGUUUCAUUUAUAACUAUCAGUGCCACCUAUAUCAUCUGUCUCGUAAGUACGUGCCUAUGGUUACCACGGAAAAUUAUUCCCUAUCCAUUAUCAGACGACUUCGAAAUGAAAAUUCGUUUCUUGUGUAAACCUGCUGCUGUAAAAAAGAAAAACGAAAAACAAAAAACGUUAAAUGAUGGUAAAAUUAAUAACGCAUUCGAAUUAGACACCAACAACAAAAGCGUUCAAAUUGGUGCAAAAUGUCAAAAUCUUAGAGUAUCAAAUGCUGAGAUGUCAGUUGAUGAUAUAACACUGAAUAAAGAAGAUGGUUACUCAAUGGAGCCUUCACAAUUGCAACCUCUCAAAGCUGCCCUACUGUCAUCUUUAUUUUGGACCGAUGUUUUAUGGUUUGUAUCCAACAAUCUUCGAGUAGCUUUCUUCUUGGGUAAUUUCAACUCAUGGAUUACAUUCCUGACCAAAGGCAACACACAGAAUGUCAGUCUGUACACAUCAGUGUUUUCGUCUAUAUCAUUGACAUCGAUUAUUGUUAGCAUUCUUGCCGGCGCGAUAAUUGACAGACGGACAACGGCCCCUGUUGGAUCUCUUGCUUUUAAAUUAGAAAAACUUCGUCAUUUCAUUCCAAUGUUUUAUCUCAACAUUGGCCUUGGUGUCCUGCUUUCUGCAUGUGCGGCCAUUCCUGUGUUAGAGCUACAAUACUUUACAUUCGUGGUGUUUGUUUUUCAUAGGACCUUUAUCUACGG